AAAAAAACUUUCCUUUUGUCCAUACAAAAAUUUCGCCUACCUUUUCCAGUUGUUGUGGUAUCACCUCUCUUAACUCUUCAUUUUCUCUCUCAUCCACAAACCUAAAACCCUCCAUCGUUGAAUCUCCUUCUUCUUCCUCACUUUCUCUCUCUACUCCUCUUCAAUGGCGUCGUCAAUUUCUCCUUCGCCGCCAUUUACUUCGCCGGCGAUUUUUUCCGACGCAAAUAUCAACUACCAUAGCUGCAGAAGUUUCUCCUUCAAAUCUCCAUUGAUGAAGAAAUCAAAUUCUCUCUCUUCUUUUUCUUCAUUCGCCGUUUUUAAACCUAUUGAUUCCACUCUUUGCUGUUGUCGCAGCAGCAAUUCGUCCGAUUCUUCUUCGUCUUCGCCUUCAUCGUCUUCUUCGUCGUCGUCGUCUUUGUCGCCAUUGCAGCAAUUUCUUAGCUCUGCUGCUCAGGCGAUUGAGGAUUUUGCGAAUUCGCUGUUGAAUUCGGCGUCGAAGAAGGAUGGAGUUGUGGUGAGAGAUAAAUUGGAGGAAGGAAAUUUGGAAGUUGAUGUUGAUGGUUGGAAUUGGGAGCGCUGGUCGUUGCAUUUUAAGGAGGUUGAAGAGCAAGAACGUCUAAUUAAAUUACUUAAGUCUCAACUUAGAAAUGCCGUUGAGAAAGAGGAUUACGAGGAUGCAGCAAAGCUCAAGGUAGCCAUAGCAGCUGCUGGGACAAAAGAUGCUGUUGGAAGUGUGAUGUCGUAUUUAAAGAAUGCCGUUGAGGAGGAGCGCUACCAAGAUGCUGUAUUUGUUCGAGACAAUGCUGGUGCUGGACUAGUUGGUUGGUGGGCCGGUGUUUCUGAUGAUAGAAAUGAUCCACAUGGUUGUAUUAUCCGUAUAAGUGCAGAGCAUGGUAGAUAUGUGGCACGGAGCUAUAGCCCAAGGCAGCUUGCUACAUCAACAACUGGUGCUCCCCUGUUUGAGAUCUAUGUUACUUUGAACAAGAAAGGUGAAUACAGACAACAGGCUGUAUACUUGAAGCGAAAGGCAGUUCCUAACACUUUUCCAUCAGUGUUCCCAUUGUCGCCUCCUCUUACUAGCAGUAUGAAGAUGAACCCUGCAGGGGGCAAACCUGAUAUUUUUACUCCUGUAGUUGAAGAUAAUGAGGAUGAUGAAGAUAAAGAUGAUCCCGAUAUAGCUGAUGGCAUUUCAGGAUUUCAGAACAUAUUACAGGAUAUGAUCCCUGGUGUAAGAGUCAAGGUUUUGAAAGUAACGGCACCAGGGAAAGUUGACCGAGAUUUAAUAUCCAAGGUGGUUGAGCAGAUAAUAGAUGAAGAGGAUGAAGACCAAGAUAUUGAGGCUGAGCUGGACAUUGUAGAUACAGAAGAUACAGACGACGAGACUUCUGGGGAAAGUGAUGAAGAAAAGGAUGAUGGUGAUAUGGAUCCUGCCAGUGGUGACAUAGAUAGGGAAGACCAAAGUGAAAUUGCUGUCAAUGUAGUAGUUAGCGGUCUUGUGCAGAACCUAUCUGGCACAACAUCUUCUAGAGACUUGGUUCGUGUUCCUGCAAAACUCAAGUCAAAAGGUCGGAGAUCAUUCUCUUUCUGUAUACCGGAUGAUAAAAGUCGGGUAGAUUCUGUUAGCAAGGGUCAGGCUUUACCUAUAAAAAAAGCUAAUGCUCAAGGUGAGCGAAGUAUCGACCAUGUAAUGUCUGACCUUGUUAAUUCUAUAAGUCGAGGAGAGAAAAUACCUGUGAAGGUGCUUAGGGAUGUGGGAGAUUUGAUUAGUCUUACCUUGAGCCAGGCUCAGAAUCGCCAACCUCUGUCUGGAUCAACGACAUUUAAUCGCAUUGAUUUACCAUCAUAUCCUGAUCCUCUUAAUGGACUCUAUAUUGGAUCCCAUGGACCAUACACCUCAGAAGUCAUCCAGUUGAAACGCAAAUUUGGUCAAUGGCAAGAGGAUGGUGGGACCAAGGAAGCUUCAGAUCUCCAUUUCUAUGAAUAUGUCGAGGCUGUAAAGCUUACUGGGGAUCCUUAUGUGCCUGCUGGCCAGGUUGCAUUUCGUGCAAAGAUUGGCAAAAGAUAUCAGCUGCCUCACAAAGGGAUAAUUCCAGAAGAAUUUGGAGUGGUUGCUCGAUAUAAAGGACAAGGGAGGCUAUCUGAGCCAGGCUUCCGAAAUCCUAGAUGGGUUGAUGGUGAACUUGUCAUUCUUGAUGGAAAGUAUAUUAAGGCAGGACCUGUAGUAGGGUUUGUAUACUGGGCUCCAGAGUAUCAGUUCCUGGUGUUCUUCAAUCGCUUAAGGAUUGAAGAAUAGAUUUUUGCUGUGCAUGGAAGUUGGAUAUAAUCUUUUUCCAAGAUGCAAAGUGUAAUAUGGUGAGCAUCUCAGUAUUACGUGAUUAAAUCUAAGAAUCACUGAUUUGGGGACUUAAUUGAAGAUCGCAGAGGUUUUGUAUUUGUACCAGGUUACGUAUCCACUGCUGACAUCCCUGAUUGAGUUGUAACUUGUAAGCAAUUUUGGUUGAUGAAUGUAUCUUCUAGUGCUUCAAGAUUUACUAACUUAUCAGCGCCUCUGUUUUUCUUGGGAAGUUUACUCUCCAAUGCAUGUAUAUAUUGAAUUACAGCUCGUUAGCUUGUGUUAGCUUUUCUGUAAAUGAUAAUAAAUGUAGAAUGAGUUGUGUUGUCCA